CGCUUUACUUAUUUCAUCCAAUAUAGGACUCGUUGAUGACUUGCGAUCAUAUAACAGAAGGGAACGUUGGUAUUCCUAACGGAUAUCAAACUGUGUACCGAGAAGAAUGCGUUCGGUGUUUUGUUUCUCAGGAUUCUGAAGCUGGGAUUGAUCUUUGUUUAGCUUGCUUUGAGUCUGGAUGUGGACCAAACGAUCAUAAUCAUUCAAAAACUCACUUCGAUCAAAAGCAGCAUCCUGUUAUGCUGAAUAUAAAAAGAAAACCAAAACCAAAAACAUGUGAAGAGCCCUUGCGAAAACUUACUAAACUAGAAAUACGAGAAGAAUCUGAAGAAGAUAUUUACGAUUGGUUUUAUCAGCCUCAUUGUCUAAUCUGUAAAACAGAUCUGGAUAUCCAGCAGCCUUUGAUUUCAGCAUCUUUCCAAGCAGUUAUUAAAGCACCAAAAGCCUCUAAUAAAAGUCAAGUAAAGGCAUGGGAGAAUGAAAUUGUUCCAUGUGAGCAUACACUUUGUCUUCAACCUCAAGCUGAUGAAAUUCCUAACUUAAAAGAAACUAAAUGCUCUAACUGCGAUCUGAAAGAUAACUUAUGGAUGUGCCUUCAUUGCGGAACAUUAAGCUGUGGACGUAAGCAAUAUGGAGGAGGCGGUGGUAAUGGGCAUGCCAUAGAACAUUUUGAAAACAAAAAACAUGCUGUUUCUGUAAAACUAAAAAGUAUUACACCAGAUGGCCAUGCUGAUAUUUACUGUUACAACUGCGAUGACGAGAGAAUUGACCCGUAUAUUGAAGACCACCUGGCUGUUUUCCAAAUUGACAUAAAGAAGCUUAAUAAAACAGAAAAGUCAUUGGCAGAGCUACAAUUAGAGCAGAAUCUAAAUUGGGAUUUUGGAACUUCUGAAGAGGAGUCAGGUUCUACUCGUUUGUUUGGACCAGGGCUUACGGGGUUAAAAAAUCUAGGAAACAGCUGUUAUUUGGCUUCCACUAUGCAGUCUUUGUUUUCCAUUAAAGAGUUUGCUAGAUUUGAGCUGGAUUUAUUUACUACAUGUAAUUCUACCUGUAAAAAUCCUGCCUCUAAUUUUCAGUGCCAGCUUUCAAAGUUGGCUGAAGGUUUAUGCUCUGGUAAAUUCUCCAAGCCAAGCGAGCUUGGACGUCAAACAACCGGCUCUUCUCCUAUGCUUCCUUUCCAAGAUGGUUUACGACCUUAUAUGUUUAAAGACAUCAUUGGUCAAGAUCAUGCAGAAUUUGGUACAGCUCAACAGCAAGAUGCCUAUGAAUUCUUAGUUUAUCUUUUAAAUUUGAUUCGUAAAAACAGCGUUGGAAAACCAGAUAUUUCUACUCUUUUUGAUUUUGAAAUUGAACAAAAAUUGCUUUGCCUUUCGUGUAAACGUGCACGUUACUCGACAUUUUCAUCUCAAGGGCUCACAAUCCCUGUUCCACGAAGAAAAAUAGGAGAAGAAAAUGGCGAAGCAAUUUAUGAAGAAGUAACUCUGAAUGAAUGUUUAGAUAAGGCGGUCGAGCCUGAUAGUAUGGAAUAUACUUGCGAGGCUUGUAAGAGUAAACAAGGGGCUACAACUCAACUUUCCUUAAAAACAUUCCCUAAGGCUCUAGCUUUACAAGUGAAUCGCUUUGAUAUCCAGGCUUCCCAAGUUAGAAAAUUGGGGAUUCCCGUUAAAGUAUUGGAAGAAGGACUGUACAAGCUAGAUCACCUCCGUGCGAAACCUCGACCCGAGGAUGAGGAAUUACUGCCUGAAGGGUCUCCUACAAUCGAUUGGAAUGAACAAGCCAUAGAACAACUUCAAGCUAUGGGCUUUCCUUUAGUUCGUUGCCAAAGGGCCAUGUUGGCUACGAACAAUGCUGACGCUGAGACAGCUAUGAAUUGGCUUUUCGAGCAUAUGGAGGACCCUACAAUUGAUGAUCCUAUUGACCUGUCUGAACUCAAGCAAGCAACUAAAAAUAAUACCGUCUCCAAUGAUAAGAUCCAAUCUUUACGUGAAUUUGGAUUCUCAGAAGUACAAGCUAAAAGAGCACUCUUGGAAACGAACAAUGACGUUGAAAGAGCUGUUGAUUGGAUUUUUAGUCAUCCCGAUGAGACGUAUGAAGAAACAAUAGAUGAAACAGGGGAAUCAAUGGAAGCUGAAAAAGUUAAAUGGGAUUCAGAAUCUUUGCCCGCAAGUUACCAGUUAAAAGCAAUAAUCAGUCAUAAAGGUGGUAGUGCACAUGCAGGGCACUAUGUGGCAUUUAUUCGAAAAGAAAUUGAAGGUCAAGAUGUUUGGGUUCUCUAUAAUGAUGAGAAGGUUUUAAAAGUGUCCUCCUUGGAAGAAGCAAAAGCUACCGGAUAUGUCUAUAUAUUGGAACGGGUGGACAAUGUAACAGCGUAAGCAUGAAGCAUGCCAAAUCAAAAGAGUAAAGUUCUGAACUUAAUUGGUUCUGUUUGUCUAAAUAAUCAGUAAAAGUUUAAUGAUAUUAUUUCCAGCUUGUUGAACAUUUACAGACGAAUAUGAAUAAACAAUACAGC